ACGAAAAGUUUACCCAUUCCAUUCCACUCCACUCAACUAUCAAAAUGGACUCCACCAAAAUCUCAGCUCUGCUCCUCGUUUGCAUGCUUUUCAUUUCCGCAGCCACUCCAAUUCUUGGAUGUGGAACCUGCGGCAAAUCACCCCCGAAGCACAGAAAGCCCAAGGGAAAGUCCCCUAAGGGUCCCAUUACCAUCCCUCCCAUUGUUAAACCUCCAAUCAACUUGCCACCGGUUACUGUCCCUCCAAUUGUAAAACCACCAGUCACAGUCCCUCCGGUGACUGUGCCUCCAAUUGUGAAGCCACCCAUUAACCUCCCUCCGGUGACAAUUCCUCCCGUUGUGAAGCCGCCAAUCAACCUCCCUCCAGUGAUCCCUCCAAUUGUGAAGCCACCCAUUAACCUCCCUCCGGUGACACUCCCUCCAGUGACGGUGCCUCCAAUUACUACGCCACCAAGUGGAAAACCCUGCCCGCCACCACCGGCCAAGGCCACUUGCCCUAUUAACACACUGAAACUGGGUGCUUGUGUGGAUCUUCUUGGAGGGUUGGUGCACAUUGGUGUUGGUGACCCGGUUGUGAAUGAAUGCUGUCCGGUUCUUUCAGGGCUUGUUGAGCUUGAAGCUGCAGUCUGCCUGUGCACCACUCUCAAGCUCAAGCUUCUCAACCUUAACAUUUAUGUGCCACUUGCUCUUCAGCUCCUUGUCACUUGUGGGAAGACACCCCCUCCUGGUUACACUUGCUCUCUCUAGAUCAUCCAAGGUUGCUAAUUUCAUGGACGCUCUUAGGAUAUCGACAUGAGAGGAUGUCCAUCUUUCUCUUUCUCUUUCUCCCCUACCCUACCCUCCCCUCCCCUUUCUCUCUCUCAAUUGGAUUGGACUCUUAUUGUACACCAUUUGUUUUUUCUUUUCCUAAAGAUUGUUGCAAGUGUGUUUUUGUCUUGGACCAAAAGAAGCAAUCAAGAAUGACCUUCUCCCUGUUUAUGAUUUUC